AUGUCCGAAGAAAAUAUUCCCAAAACGCAGACAGCUGCACUAGUCCGGAGGCAAGGCGGACCGGUAGAAUUUGACGACAAUUACCCUGUCACUCUCCCUGGAAGUGAUGAGAUCCUGGUCAAGGUCCUGUACACCGGGGUCUGUCAAAGUGAUCUCCACACCAAAGCCGGUACUGCAACCGGUGCAGACGGGAAACCGAUCACGAACAUCAAGCUGCCGCAUGUGGGCGGCCACGAAGGCGUUGGUCGCGUCGUCAAAUUCGGCCCAAAUCUGUCACCAACCGAGAAACUCAAGUUGGGCACUCUAGUUGGGAUCCGUUUUCUUUCGCGGGUCUGCCACGAAUGCGAGUACUGCACCUCUGGACGGGAUCAGCACUGCGGCAAUGCAACAAAUCACCUGCACCACGAAGACGGCAGUUUCCAACAGUACUGCGUGCUCGACACCAAGUUCUUGACGGAGCUGCCACAGGAUAUUGAUCCCAAGGUCGUGGGUCCUGCUCUCUGCGCGGGCGUCACGGCUUACAAGGCUGUGACAAACGCGAAUCUCAAGAAGGGCGAAUACCUCACAGUAAUUGGUGCAGGAGGCGGCCUCGGCCACUUCGCAGUGCAAUACGGCCUGGCCCUGGGUAUGAACGUACUUGGCGUCGAUGCCGGCGCAGAAAAGCAGAAGUUUGUCGAAUCCCUCGGUGCGCGAUUUGUCGACUUUUCGACGUGCAAGGACCUGGCUGGUGAGGUCAGGAGCAUCACAGGUGGCGGCUCACAUGCUGUUGUGGUCACGAGCGGCCACCCUCUUGCUUUCAGAGGUUUGGCCGAUAUGGCCAGGAUUGGUGGAAGUAUUUCCCUGGUGGGGAUACCACCAGGGGACGUGCAUCUGGACGCGCCAGUGGCGGGUAUCGUGAUCAAAGGACUCAAGAUCCAGGGAAAUCUGGUCGGGUCACUGAAGGAGACACUAGAAGCGGUUGAAUUUGUGCGAAAGGGCCAAGUGAAGCCGCACGUUAAGGUUCGACCUUUCAGGGACCUGCCAGAAGUGUAUGAGCUGCUGGAAAAGGGCGACGUUUCGGGGAGAAUUGUGUUGGAGCUGUAG